UGAGUGGGGAAAAACCCUAACGAAGAUGGAAGGCGAAGAAAGGGAGAAGAAAAGAGGAGUGCGAUUGUGCUGCCUAUGCAACCAACGAAGAGCUUCCCUCAAGAGACCCAAAACACUACAACACAUUUGCAGGGACUGCUUCUACGACGUCUUCGAGGACGAGAUUCACCAAGUCAUCGUUCAGAAUAAGCUGUUUAGUCCUGGAGAGCGCGUCGCAAUCGGUGCUUCCGGCGGCAAGGAUUCCACGGUGCUGGCUUACGUGUUGUCCAAACUGAACCGCGUACACAAUUACGGUCUGCAUCUGUUUCUGUUAUCAGUGGACGAGGGCAUCACCGGGUACCGCGACGACUCUCUGGAAACUGUUCAUCGGAACCAAAUUCAGUACGGACUGCCUCUGAAAGUGGUGUCUUACAAGGAUUUGUAUGGAUGGACGAUGGACGAGAUCGUGAAAUUGAUUGGUUUGAAGAACAACUGCACCUUCUGCGGCGUGUUCCGUCGGCAGGCCCUGGAUCGAGGUGCUGCGUUGCUCAAAGUAGAUAAAGUGGUUACCGGUCACAAUGCAGACGAUAUUGCAGAGACUGUUCUCCUGAAUCUGUUGAGAGGAGACGUUGCUAGAUUGAGUAGAUGCACCUCUAUCACCACUGGUGAGGAUGGCCCCAUUCCCAGGUGUAAGCCUUUCAAGUAUACCUACGAGAAGGAGAUCGUUAUGUAUGCUUAUUUCAAGAGGCUCGACUACUUUUCCACCGAAUGCAUUUAUUCUCCGAAUGCAUACCGAGGUUUUGCUCGCGAGUUCAUCAAGGAUUUGGAGAGAAUCAGGUCGCUAUCCAAUUCAAAUUAUUUGAUUUUGGUUCUUCACACACAAUCACAUGUAGUUGUAUUGAUAUGCAGGCCUAGGGCGAUUCUUGACAUAAUAAAAUCAGGGGAGAAUUUCAGGAUAUCAACGACAACUAAAAUGCCGGAGCAGGGAACGUGUGAACGGUGCGGUUAUAUUUCUAGCCAGAAAUGGUGUAAAGCUUGUGUUCUUCUUGACGGGUUGAAUAGAGGUUUGCCCAAACUGGGAAUUGGACGGAGUCGUGGCAGUGUUGCUUUUAACAACGCAAAUGACAGUGAUGGAGCAAAGGCCAUCCACACCAAACAAUAAGCAACUUUAGCCUUCUGAUGCAAGAUGGUUUCUGUCUCUGUACUGUACCAUUCAUUAAUCAAACGUAGCUGCAGUUGUUCAGUGACCCAAGUUUAAGAUAUACUUAACCCGGGAACUCACGAAUCCUCACUAUAAAUGAGGCUUUAUGUUCAUCAAAUUACAUGAUAGUUAAAAGAAAAUAUCUGG